GAGUGCUGUCCUGGUUGAGGUCGGUCAGUGUUGUCACAGGGCAGCAUGAGACACUCAUCUUGGAGCCAAUGUGCAUUCAUGAAGAAAAAGUCCGUUUGAUUACUUGCCCAUUCAAAACGGCUGGAAGAAACUGAAACACAUUUGAGCGAAGUUCACCGCUUGAGAUUGAAGGGGUUUCCAUCACCCUUCAUCCACGACGGAUUGGCAAACUGCAGUGGACAGCUCGGGCAUUUGGAGCGGAGGUUUACACAGGUGCAGCUGAUUGGCCACCACCAACCAGCCUGGGGCAGGGAGCAAUCAAUUAAGACUUGAUUGCCAGAUCACCACAGUGACAUGUGGAGCAGCAAAACCCUAUCACUGAUAUUUGCACUGGUGUUGGGCUCAGAGGUUGCACAAUGCGAGGAUGUGGAGUACAUGACAGCGGAUGAGUUACCUUUGCAGGACCAGCAAGAGAAUGUUGGCAACAUAUCCACUGUACCAGGAAUGUCACGUCAUCAGAUCCUGGCUGCGCAGUUCGAGUGUUACUUGAAGAUAAUCCGCGAUCCACCCCGAGCCGAAGAAGGUAAUUACUGUAACCGCACAUGGGACGGCUGGCUGUGUUGGGGGGAUUCGUCUCCAGGGACGGUCAUACAGAUGUGCCCAGAAUACUUCCACGAUUUUGACCCUGCUGAAAAAGUCACCAAAGUUUGUAAUCCUGAUGGACAAUGGUUCCACCACCCAGAGAGCAACAGAGUGUGGUCCAACUACACCCAGUGUCAAAUCUACACCAAGGACAAACUCAAGUUUGCCAUCAGUCUGUACUACCUGGCCAUGGUGGGUCACGGCCUCUCCAUCGUCUCGCUCAUCAUCUGCCUCAUCAUCUUCUCCUAUUUCAAGAGUCUUAGCUGCCAGAGAAUUUCCCUCCACAAGAACAUGUUCCUCUCCUUUAUUUUUAACUCGAUUGUAACCAUCAUGUGGCUCUCUCUGACAGCCGCCAAUAACCAGGCCAUAAACACCAGCAACCCUGUGAGCUGUAAAGUGUUGGCUGUGCUCACCCAAUACACGUUGACCUCGAACUACUUCUGGAUGCUGUGCGAGGGCAUCUACCUACACACUCUCAUCAUCGUGGCCGUCUUUGUCGGGGAGCAGAAGCUCUUCUGGUACUAUGUCUUGGGGUGGGGCUUUCCCAUCAUUCCUGCCAUCACCUAUGCUGUGGCUCGCGGGCUCUUCUUUAAUGACAAGUGUUGGAUCAACUCCAACACUUACCUGCUUUACAUCAUUCACGGACCCAUUCAAGCAGCACUGCUGGUGAACUUGUUCUUUCUCCUGAACAUUUUGCGUGUUCUGAUCACCAAGCUGAAGGAGACCCACUGUGCCGAGUCCACUACCUACAUGAAGGCUGUGAGAGCCACGCUCAUCCUCAUCCCUCUGCUCGGAGUCCAAUUUAUUCUCGUUCCCUGGAGGCCUGAGGGGCGCAUCAGUCGGGCCAUCUAUGACUUCUUCGUAAAUAUUUUCUGCCAUUUUCAGGGACUCCUGGUGGCAAUCAUAUUAUGUUUCUGCAAUAGUGAGGCUCAAACGGCGCUGCAGAGAAAAUGGGGCCAGUGGAAAUCGGCGUGGGGUAAGACAGGCUGGGGAGAGACCCCUGUCAACUUUAGCCACUUCAGCGACCACAACAAUUCAUCAAUCACCGAGACCAGUCGCGCCACCGUCAGCAUGGAACAACCCGAUAGCGAUUGGAAAAGCGGCGAGAACGCUCGCAUCCUGUCCGGCAGGCAGCCAGCGAGAAGUGCGGAGUGCAGCAACGGGGAGGUGGACGUGCUAAACUAGCUGCAGACCACCGAAAUGUGCCAUAGCUGAAGGGGCACCCCUCUUUUUUUUUUUCACCCUUUUCUGGGACAGCGGUUACUACAGUGGACAGCUUAUCAUGUUAUCAGGUUACAGGGUGGAUGAAAAGGUUAAUACAAAAAAAAAAAACAUAGUCCUACACAUGGGCGCAGAUGGCACUGGGGAUGGGGUGUGACACAUGCCCCUCAGUUUCAUAAAGACCGCGAUCUGUCGCGAAGUGAGGGGGCAAAAAUCUCCUGUAAAAUGGAGGAUUCAUGUUCCUCUUCAACUGGGACGGACAUGGAGCCACAAUAGCUUAUGGUGUUAUGCUUCAACUACUGAUGCGUUUAAGUUACACCCAAACAAAAUGUUGGAAUUUGUACUUCUGAAGAUAUAUAUUUUAAAUAUACAUGGAAAUAACUCAUCUUUCUUUUUAUUUUAGCCAAUAUCUCUUUUUAAUUUUUUAUUUUUACAGGGUGAGGUCCGAACAAACAAGUAGCCGUGCAGUGCCUAUUUUGGUGUUCAGAAAUAAGGGUAAAAUGAAUAAACAAAAAAUCAUUCAAAUCAAAAACAUCGCCUCCCCGUCCCUUCCCCAGUUCCAAAAUCCCAUCUGCGCCCCUGGUCCCACAUAUUAUAAGAGCACUUGCAAAACAAGCAUGCUUUUCACACUUUUUGAGACAACAGCUUCAAUUUAUGCACGUGUACACUGUCAAAUACAUCAUUUGUAUCAUUUUCGAGACCUUAUAGUCACUUCAUGUACAUAGUACAUGGCUGUAGAGUUAAACCUUUGAUUUAUUGCUUAUUUCCUCAUAUAGUGUCCUCAGUCAACAACUGUAGGGACUGCUAGGGCUCUAUUAGUUGUAGGCUCGAAAGUGGAGCCGAGAAGUAUAUAUACAUUUUUACAGGGCACCCAGAAAGUAUUCAAAGUAUUUCAUGUUUAGUACAAAAAAAAAGAAUAAAUGAAUGAAAAUUCAAUUCAGUUUUUCCUCCUUCAAGAUUCUAAACACACAACACCCUAUGACACAUGAAACAGUUUUUGAAUUUUGUUUUACCGUUAUUAUGAUAUGUUUUAAACAAAGAUUUUCUUUUCAAGCUGUUUAGCUGUAGCCUCUCCCAGCUGAUUUUGGGCGAGAGGGUGGGAUAUGACCUGGCUUGGUUGUAGGGCACAUAUAACACCAUUUACACUCACAUUCACACUUCUGGCCAGUUUACAGACUUAAGUUAAUUUAACAAGCUAAUAACCGGAGUAUCAGGAAGCAAGAACCUUUCAACUGCGAAGCUGACAUGCUAACCACUACCCCACCCUGCUGCCCAUAAUUGAAAUCUAAAAACAGUGAUACCCUGAUAGACACAUUUAAUUAGUUCAAUAUCCAGUCUCAAAAGUCAUAAUAUUGUACUUUAUACUUUAUAGAAUGUAAAGCAUCCAUACUAACUGCUGCAAUCCAAUCCAUUGCGCUGCUCCUUCUGGUGGUGGCCUUGGCCACCAGGAGGCAGUAUAAUACAGUCAUGCAGCCACAAACUAAGAACAAUACAUCAUAUAUUUAUGAUUGGAACUCCCGAUUGUAAUUUACACUGACUGAACUGCUUAAAAUGGAGCACAUAUGUAUCCCCUGUAUUCAGUCUUCCAAUUUGUUUGUGAAUAACUAUAAAUGGACA